AUGGCUAAACAAAUACAAAAUAAUCGUGAACGCAAUCCAACGCCGUUGCCGUUGCUCAUUGCUGCACAUUGCUCAACAAUACGUCGAAAAACAGCACGUAUUGAUAAAAGUGAAUUAUCAGCAAUAUUAAAUGAUCUAGUUCGUGAAUUACACACCAGCAGAUUACCCCUAAAAUCAUACUUGAAUUGUUUAAAUGAAAUCGUUAAAACACUCAAUUCACAUUUUCCUUCAACAUUACUUGAAUUAGCUUCUCAUUACUUUUUUAUUCUCAUUCGUAGUACAAUACGAACUAUUUUACAGCAACUACACUCGUCCAAUGAAUUAAAUGCUGAAGAAAUUUAUCUUCUACGUAAUUGUACUCUUUUACUUCAUCAUGCAGUGAAAGAAAUCGAUAAUGUUUCAAAAGUUGUACAUUGGUUCAGUGAUACAGCAUUUCUUGAUGCUGUCGCAAAUUGUCUAAAUCAUAUUAAUAAAAUUUCCAAAGCAAAUGAAAGUCGACUUUUCAUUAAACAGAUAGCACGUCUAUUAGGUGUCAUAUCUAAUGUUCAAGAACGUUUACCAAUGCAACUGCAUAAUAAUUUAUUUGCACAAUUACUUGAACCAACGAUCAAUUGUUUAACAUCAUCAGAUUAUCUUAAAUUAUUUCUUAAUUUAAAAGCAAACGAAGGCUCAUGUUCUGAAAAGCAAAAGUUUUAUCUUAUUAAAUGUCCAUAUUUUCUUACGACAUACAAUGGACCACAUAUCGAAAAAGCUAUUGAACGUAUUUUAGAAGUUAUGUUACCACGUUAUGUUUCAAUACUCGAUAAACAUAUGAAAACAAUUAAAGAAUGGAAUCAUUCAAUGAUGCGUGCUAUACACAAUCUUAUUAUCACUAUAGUUUAUGCCGAAGGGUUUUUCUCAUCUCAUACAAGUAGUAAAUCAUUUCGAUUACUUGUUAAUCAUCUUUUACAUCUUCUCAAUGAGCCUACACUAAUUAAUAAAAUACAAUCAAAUUCAAACAGUGUAGAAACAUUAUUAAUCGAUGCAGCAUUAGUCGCCUUUAGCAUACUAGUUUAUGAACCCAAUGCAUUAGAUUAUAUUAAAGCGCUUAAACCGAUAGGAAUAUUUAAAAAAUUAACCAAAAAUCCUCAUGAAACAAUUGUUCUAAAUGCUUAUAUGAUGCUUGCAUAUGUCAUAGAUGAAAAAACUAUUCAAGCAUCCGUCGAGGAUCUAUCUCAAUUACUUUUUACUACGCUCAAAUUGUUAGGAAAUGCAAUUGAAAAUCGACACGAAAAAAAUGCCGAUGCACAUUCAAGCCGAGAAACUAUUGAUCGAAAUAUAAUACAGCUUAUUGAAACAUUGAAAGGUUUAGCUCAAUAUCAACAAAUCAAAAAUCAAAUAUUAAAAAAGGGGCUGAUAUCAAGUUUAGUUGCUUACUAUGAAAAAUCACAUGGAUUACCAAAACAAUUAUUACUUGAAUGCAUUUGGACAUUAUCGUUCAAUGAACAGAUAGCUCAACAAUUACGUACUAAUUCAAAAUUUAUUGUUUCAUUAGAAAAUAUAGCGAAACUUACUAAUGAUGAUACUCAACAAGAUGCAAUUCGUCAUUCAAAUAGUUAUUGUAGCCGUCAAAAUGGUACUGUUGUAGCAUCGAGUGAAGGAACACAUAGUGGAAUACAAAAAGUAACCGAUGGACUUCUUUGGAAACUUGUUAAGGAAAACACAUGUCGAGAACAAUUCCAAAAGCAAAUAAAGCAAAAUCAAAAUUAUGAAUAUGAUCUAAUGAUAUCAUAUUGUCAUGCUGACAAAGACAUUGUCCAUAAGAUUCAAAAAUUUCUUACUAAUGAAGGUUAUAAUAUUUGGAUAAAUCGUAGUCACAAACAUAGACAAGCCAUGGAAGUUGUUGCAGACGCAAUAGAAAAUUCAGAAUUUGUCAUUAUUUGCAUGUCUGAUUCAUAUAAACGCGAUAAUCAUUGUCAAGCAGAAAUUGAAUAUGCAUUUAACUCUAAACGAUCGUUGAUUCCAUUGUUUCUACGUCAAGGCUACAAACCCGAUCAAUGGUCUGCUUCUAUGAUCAGCACUAAUAGCUACAUUGAUUUUGCCGGAUCUGAUUUUAAAACAGCAUCUUCAUUGUUGUUGGAAGAAAUUAGACAACGAAAAUGUAAAAAACAAAUAGAAGAAGCAAAAUCGCCAGAAUUUACAUCAACAAGUAAUCUGAAUGAUACGUCUAUUUCUUCAACUGUUUCUGAUACGAAUAGCGUACCUGCUGUAUCGUCAACUUCUACUGCAUCUACUAAUUCUGUACUAUUUUCUCUUCCGACCGCCGAUUUUGAGGCACAACCAAUAGUACCGCUGCCUUCGACACCAAGACCACAAGUAUCCGAUACUACCUUAUCUACAACGUCUGCUGUUGUUGAUAAACAACAAAAAGGAUCUGCAUGGUCGACUUCACAGCCAUCAAUAAAUACUUCAAUCUCUCAUGUAAUAUCUGAUGGUAUUACUGAGCAACAGGAAUCACACAUACAUUAUGUUUCCAGACCAUAUAGAUUUGGUGGUAUACCCUCAAAUAAACCAACUAUUGAUAUGCAUCAACAACAAUCACAAAUACCGCCUAUUUCAGUAUCAGCAGUGUCUAAUGACACUGAUCAGGAGCAACAACAACAACAACAACAACAACAACAAAAGUCAAUUAUUUCAACUUCCGCAAUACUGACACCCACUGACGUUGAUACUUCUACCAUGUCUCCAUUCAUCAAUAAAAAAAAUCAAUAUCAUCAAAUACUGAUACGCCCUGUUGUACUGCCACCAAUGGUUAAUGUCAUUUCUUCUGUUGCAUCUACUGCCACCGAUAAGCAACAAAAUUAUCAACAACAACAACAGCCACCGAUGUAUCCUGUUUCAAAACCAAUAGCGACUAACAAUACUACAUUUGCCAACACUCACUUUAUCGGCCCACAACAAGUGCAAAUGUCAAAAAGGUCUGUUUCACAAUCACCAGUACCUGGCGCUAGUUAUUCUACUGCACCUACAAAUUUUAAUACACAACAGCAAAAACCAAUAGUACCUUCUGUUUUAACAUCGUUGCCACCUAGUACUGUGUCCAUUGACGCAUCUAACAAUGUAGAUUACAAUUGGCAGCAAGCACUCGUACCAACCCAACAUCAAACAUCGACUAUUAAUGCAGUAUCCUCUGGCACAUCUACACUUAUGAGCCAGCAACAACAACCAAUAUAUGGUGUUAUAGGACCGCCAACGAAUGGUGUUGACCUAGCCGGCACACAAGCCGUUAUUGAUAAGAACCAACAAGAAUCAAAGUUAAUGCUUCUUGAUUCCCCAUCUUCAUCAUCUAGUUCUAUGUCCCCCGAUGAAUUUACCAAUGAUGAGAAACAAUCGUCACGACACGUCAUAGUAUUUUCAAUGCCACGGCCACCGAUAGCGACUAAGACUUCACCUUCUUCUACAUCUACUAUUGCCCCUCAACAGCAAACAUCAAUAUAUCCUCUUUCUCAAUCACUAACAAAUAAUAGCCUUUCUCCUGCUUCACCCAUUUCCAUAGAUAAGUAUCAACAACAAAUACCAAUGCGUUCUAUUCCGCAACCGCAAACAUUUGGAUUUUUACCGUUGGGUACGCCUGUUGCCAAUGAUAGGCAACCACAAAUAGCAUCCUUACAUCCUAAUUCACAAUCAUUAACAAAUAAUAUAGUCACAUCACCCUUAUCCAUCGUCGUUGAUAAGCAACAACAGAAAUCAUUGAAUUCAGCUUCGCAAGCACCGCCGUCUACAUCUUCUCCAGCAAUACCUGUUGUCAUAGAAAAACAACAACAACAACAAACAUUGUCAUUCUCUAAUUCAUAUUCAACCACACUUGCAUCUUUGCCCGUUACAUCUUCCAUAUAUCCAAUGCUAUCCACAUCUUCACAGACAACUCCACGGGUAACACCAAGCUUACCCGAAGUAUACACAAAUCGCAAAAUUGGUGUCUCAACGUAUCAUGAUAUUCCGAUUAAUGCAUGGAUAAGAAAUGAUGUACUUGAUUUUCUAUUUGAUUCAAGUCUUUAUGCAAUGAUGCCACUGUGCGAAUCGAUGUCAGGUAAAGCUUUACUACGAUUUUUUAGAAUGUGCCAGGAAAAGCCUAGUCGCCUUUACGGUCAAUUAAACGAAGAAUUACGUGUUCGCUUCAACGGCAUAACUUUACCGAUGGGUGUUUAUACAGAAUUUCUCACAGAAAUGGAUAAUUUACUGAAUCCUGAAUCUGAAACAACUUUGCAAGCAUCUUCUUCAACGCAACCCAUGGUGGAACAUGUCAUGCUCCGAUCACGCGCUCAACAACAACAGCAACCGAUACAAAUGCCAGCAAGCUCUAGAUUCUCUACAUAUUCAACAGCCUCACAAGGCCGAUCGAGAUCUGUUAUACCAUUGCAAACAAUCGAAGAAACAAGAACUACCGAUGAAAAGCGUUUUUCUGAACGAGCCAUUUUUCGUCCACCAUUAUCAUCUGGACGACCAUAUAGCUUGAUUGUUGAAUCAUUGGAUAAAAUAAGUACAUUUCUAUAA